UAUAUAUAUAUAUAUAUAUAUAUAUGUUAAUGGUGUAUAUUUUAGCGUUGUAUUAAGCUGUCAGUAUACAACAUUUGCAGUUUUCAGUAACGUGACGUUAGCGUCAUUUAUUGUUCUCAAAUUUUAACGACACCACAAAUAAAUUAAAUAAAUAUUAUCUCUUAAAGGUUUCGCGUCUCGUUAUAUCUUUCUUAACACGACGCUUCUCAACAGACACGGUUGUUAUGAAGAUACUUCGUUUAUAAAAUACGCGUUUGUGAUAAAUAAGCGUACAGUAAACUGGACUUCUGUACAGGACAGUAACUCAUUAAAUAAAUAAAUACAUAAAUAAAUAGACUAUUAGGUAUUUCGAAACACGCUAUAGAUAAAUAACAAACACCGCUGUCAUUGGUUCGACUGAUUCCUGUUGGAGUUUUAUUCUCGCACGUUGGGAAAAAUCGUUUUUGUUUUUUUUUUUAAUUAAAAAAAUUAAGAAAAUUUAAAUUGACAGCAAAAUGCCUGCCAAACGAAAACUUAUCACCGAUUCUUUUAAAGUUGUCAAGAAAGUCAAAAAGGAGUCUACAAAAUGCAACAUAUUGCAAGAGAAAGAGAGAGAUGUUGAGAGCCCGUCCACUCCUCCUCGCUCACAGAGAGACUCCGAGAUGGACCUGCUCAGAGAGUUUGACCUGAACUGGGAGUUUGGACCCUGUACUGGUAUCACUCGUUUGCAGCGGUGGGACAGAGCUGACAAGCUGGGCUUGAAGCCCCCUGUGGAACUGAAGGACAUCAUCAUCAACAACACUGGAGACUCAGAGUACCUGAACAGUCUGUGGCACGAUUACCCGCUCUGAUUCAACACCGAGCAAGAGAGAAAGAAGGAGAGAGAGAGAGGAAGAAAGAGAGAGAGAGAGAGAGAGGAAGAAAGAGAGAGAGAGAGAGGAAGAAAGAGAGGAAGAAAGAAGGAGAGAGAGGAAGAAAGAAGGAGAGAGAGAGAGGAAGAAAGAGAGGAAGAAAGAAGGAGAGAGAGGAAGAAAGAAGGAGAGAGAGAGAGGAAGAAAGAGAGGAAGAAAGAAGGAGAGAGAGGAAGAAAGAAGGAGAGAGAGAGAGGAAGAAAGAGAGGAAGAAAGAAGGAGAGAGAGGAAGAAAGAGAGAGAGAAAGACAACCUUGGUUCUUUAAGUGCAACUUUGAUACAAGCCUGAAAUAUCUGAACUAAAGCAAUCCUCCUCUUCUAGUUCCGACUGAGUUUGGAUCGCUUUCUGAUUCGCUCGUCACAUCCUGGAGAGUUUUUAAAAAAGUUUAAAAGCAAACGCUGUGUCCUCCAGAGAGCUCUCAGAAUCAUGUCUAAAUGACAGCAGAGUGGAGCCGUUAUUAACCUGACCCCUUCCUGCAACACUCUGCCCCCUAGUGGAUAGGAGACACACAGCAGUAAGAAAUAUAUAUAUAGCCCUGAAUACAGCAGUGUUGUGUCGUUAUUAACCUGCCCCCUUCCUGCACCACUGCCCCCUAGUGGAUAGGAGACACACAGCAGUAAGAAAUAUAUAUAUAGCCCUGAAUACAGCAGUGUUGUGCUGUUAUUAACCUGCUCCCUUCCUGCAACACUGCCCCCUAGUGGAUAGGAGACACACAGCAGUAUGAAAUAUAUAUAUAGCCCUGAAUACAGCAGUGUUGUGCCGUUAUUAACCUGCCCCCUUCCUGCAACACUGCCCCCUAGUGGAUAGGAGACACACAACAGU